UUUGAGUUAUCGGUGAGCAGAGUCUUAUCAAAUAUUUUAUGAUUAAAAGAUUUUAUUAAAUAAUCUUGAAUACAAAUCAUUAGUUAAAUGUUUCAUCACUAUGGUUAAGCACAGGAAGACGAAUGUUCUACAUAAACAUGGUAAUAAUAACGAGUCAGGUUCGAGUUCGGCUGCCAGCGAGAGUUCUAACGCUAGAGAUACAUUUCACUGGUUUUCUAUAUGGAAGACCGUUUUAGGAGUUAUCUGUUUUCUCAUAGCUGUGUACGUGGGCACUUUAGGUUACCUGGAGACGAGAGUCAACACUCCACUUGAUGAUGAAAAGGCAGUUCAACAAACAGGACUCUCAGUACCAGACAGGUAUUGGGGUACAUACCGUCCUGGAGUAUAUUUCGGAGUCAAGAGCCGAGAACCACGGUCCCCAGUGUUUGGGAUUAUGUGGUACGAACUUGCUGCAGCAGCCCAUAAGGGGAUACGGCAUUGGUGUGAGCAGAAUGAUAACCUACCUACUUAUGGGUGGUUGAGACAUGACGGAGUCAACUUUGGUGAACAGAUUGUAUCAGAUCCACCCCAUGAUAUACACACCUCCUUCAUUAAGUCGUCUGGUGGGGAGUACGGAGGACAAUGGACAGCACGAAUUAAUAUUACAGCUACGGGCAAAGAAAACACCCCCAUCGUUUUGAUUUGGUACGGUGCAUUGGACGAAUCGUUGGGAGCUGAUGAACAUUCGAUACUGUGGGCCGAGUAUGGGGCCAUAAGGGGCCACACGCCUGCAAUUGGCAACUUCAAAGUUCACUUAUUACCUUAUUCUGGUAAGCUUAUCCAUACUUCGUAUUCAGAAGCUCACUGCUCAGGACUCCAUCUUCUCAAAGAGAAGUUCUACUCGUUAUUAAAAGUCGAGAAACAUCCACACUUUGGUCGGUUAGCUGUAUUAGGACAAGAUGAUGAGCUCAAUGAGAAGGACAAAGGUAUUAACUUCGUUCCAAUACAAAUGUUGAUAGAGACGCCGUUUGUGCUUGAUGUCGUAUACUCUACUGAGGAUUUUCCCGCUCCUCCGCUGAAAGGUGAUGAAUACUCAAAAGCAUUGGACAAUUACAGGAAGGAGUUUGAUGAGAAAUUCGAAAAUGAGUUCAAGUUGAAGGAGAAAGGAUAUUCAGACGAAGACGUCACGAUAGCAAAGGCUGCGAUGUCCAACAUGAUUGGUGGUAUCGGCUAUUUCUACGGAGCGAGUCGAGUGCAGUCGCAGUACACCAAGGAGCCGGUUCCGUACUGGCGGGCGCCGCUGUAUACAGCUGUACCAAGCAGAUCAUUCUUCCCCCGAGGCUUCCUCUGGGACGAGGGUUUCCACGGGUUGCUGAUAGGGAAGUGGUCUCCAGAAAUUCAACUGGAUAUAGCAGCUCACUGGCUGGACCUCAUCAAUGUCGAGGGUUGGAUACCACGUGAGCAAAUCUUAGGAGCGGAGGCGUUGGCAAGAGUCCCCAAGGAGUUCGUAGUGCAAAGUAACGCGGCUGCAAACCCGCCGAUGUUGCUGCUGCAGAUAGCGAGGCUCGUUCGGACCAAGCCGCAGAUGUUUGAACACCGCUUCGCGAGCAGACACACCCUCGACCGCAUGUUUCCGAGAUUACAGGCGUGGUACCAGUGGUUCCAGACAACCCAGAAAGGGGAAGAGCUCACGUCAUACAGGUGGCGUGGUAGGGAAGACGACGGCUUGCAGCUGAAUCCUAAGACUUUGACGUCGGGCCUGGAUGACUAUCCAAGGGCGUCCCAUCCGUCGGAUAUAGAACGCCACGUGGACCUGCGUUGCUGGAUGUACGCGGCUGCGGACGCGAUGGCCACCAUCGCAAGGGUGCUCGAGCGGGACACUGAGAAAUUCGAAGCGGUGCGUGAUCAGCUCGGCGAUGAAGAUCUAUUGAACGAGCUGCACUGGUCGUCGCAUACGCAGACAUAUGCCGAUUACGGUUUACACACGGACGGCGUUCGAUUCGUCAAACAACAUGGCAAGAACCAGCAGGAAGGCGCCAAAGUGGUUCGGAGCGUGACAAUCGCUCCACAACCAAGAUUGGUGACGUCCGCGUUCGGCUACGUAUCACUGUUCCCGAUGCUCUUGAAGGUCUUGAAGCCGGAGAGCGAGAAGUUGGGUAAAAUAUUGGAGAUGCUGGACAAACCGGAGCUAUUGUGGUCACCUUAUGGAUUAAGGUCGCUGUCGAAGCUGUCCCCGCUGUACAUGCGGCGCAACACGGAGCACGACCCGCCGUACUGGCGCGGCCAGGUGUGGGUCAACAUCAACUACCUGGCGCUGUCCGCGCUGCACCACUACGGCCGCGCCGCCGGCCCGCACGCGCAGCGCGCGCGGGACCUGCACCGCCGCCUGCGGGACAACCUCGUCGGUAACAUACUGUCGGAGUACAAACGAACGGGCUACCUCUGGGAACAGUACUCCGGGGAAGACGGACACGGCAGCGGCUGCAAACCGUUCAGCGGCUGGACGGCCCUGGUGACACUUAUCAUGGCGGAUGAGUAUCAAUUGUAAAUAUCAAUAACGAAUUGAAAGCCAAAAUGAGCUUCGAUCCAAUCAUUAUUCUUACUACGGGUAACCAUCAUAUGGUAUUUUAUAAAUAAUCAUAAUGUUGAUAGUGUGUAUUGGGCCUAAUGUUUUGUCUCUUUCUUACCUAUAUCUCACGUAACGUGGAAGUGACACGACAGUUAUUUAUAAAGGUUUUUAGAGACGGUAACUUUGGAUCGAGGUUAAAAAAAAAUGUGAAUAAAUUGUUGUGAAUUUAGCGUUAGGUAUAAAUGUAGUUUUCCCCUUACUGGUUGUCACGGUAGUCAUUCAAUAAGUCAAUGAGUUAUUCUGCCUAAACAAAGUUAUACAUUUGUAGAAGAUAUCAAAAUAUAUGAAAAUGACACGUGCUUAUAAAAGUCACGUGAUCACGUCGAUAAGGAAAUGACGUAGAUAUUUGUAUUGUAAUGUGUUUGACUUUCUUAAAGGGUCAUACAGGAUGAUAGAUUAAGCAACUUUGACAAGCGACUUCAAUUUUGUUCCUAUUAUUUUACUGGCGGGCGGUUUUACUAACAAUUUGUCACUUUGUCCAAAUCGAAUCGAAGCGUGAUUUUUACCGUUUAUCCGUUUUCCCUUUUAUUUUAUCUAAUUGAAUUAUCGACUAUUGUCAUAAAAGUUAACAGUUAAGUUUGGUUUUCACAUAACGGUAUAUGUAAACAUCAUAUCGGUUCGGUUCCGACCCGAAUAAAUAUAGAAUAUGCAAAGUUGGAUUGGAAUCGAAUCGGGAACGAAUCGUAAUCGAUCGAUUAGUAGAAUUCGUCCCUGGUCUGUCUAUCAUUUGUUAAGGCUAUGUAUAAAUCGCUAAAGUAAGCGAAGUUUAAAUAUUUGAUAAUUGAAGACUAAAUAGAAGAAACAAAAAAAAAAGUUGAAAGAUUUAAAAUUAAUUACCAGUUUCGUUUUUGAGUUGAUCACUUGUCGGUACAUAUCAAUUGUCAAUAAUCUGGAUGUUGAUAGUGUGUGUUGACCCUUAUGUUGUGUCUCUUUCUAACAAUAGAACCGGAGAGAAAGAACCAUAGUAAAUAAGCUAUUCAUCCAUAGCUCUUAAAGUUUUUAUACACAAUUCGAAAGAAUUAAAAAUUUAUUUUAUUUAUUUAUUAAUCCUUUAUUGCACACAAUUUACAAACAUAAGAUAAACAAUAGAACGAGUAGUACAUAUAUUAUGCAAAGGCGGCUUUAUCACUUACAUACAGAGAAAUGUUUAUGUAAAAAUGUGACAGCAACUCAUCCACUUAUAUCUUCAAAUAUAUUGUUUGUAUUCUAUAUACAUUCGCUGUCUAUGUAAACAAGAAGUAUAUACGCUAUACAGGUAUUUAUUAGACGUCUGUGUGUGUAAUGUUCUGUUCUGUGCAACGCAGAUUGUAACUGUGUGCGUUAUUGAAGUUACUUUUUAGGUGAGGAGACAAAAUAUUUAUCAAUCUUAAAGGUAAGUUGAUGAUUGUAUCGAAUAUAAUGCGUGUGAAAUGGAAGCGCCAUGUUGUUUUAUACAAAGGAAUUGGGUAUGGUUGUAAAAAAGUAAAUAAGGCCUAACAGCAAAAUGAUAUAACUUAGUAUUGUUUAAAAAAAAAUCUUUUUUUUUGUUGACAGUACAAAUUGAAGUACUUACGGUCGAAAUGAGUAAUCUAAAACAUCUAGACAAUAUACAUAUACUGGCAUCGAGGAAAUGCACAAAAUACAUUAACACACAUAAUUAUAUAUAUUACACGCACACAAACAACGCACACUACACACACCUACACGUGAAUUACAAGACGAUCUCAGAUUACAUAAGGUAUUAAGUGCCAAGUUAUCUUUCGCGGUUUAAAUUCCUAACAGAGUUUAAUAUUAGUUGUAUUUUUCUAAUAUUUUUAUUCAUUUAAUAAAAAGUAUUCAAAUUAAAUGUUUUUAUCGUGAUUAAAUUUUUUAAAUGUUUAAUGUUUCUUUUAAAUAAUAAUAUGUGACAAUUCGUAAUUAUAAUAAACAAUUAAAACAAAAUAUAAUGGUUUCAAAUCUAAAAUUGUCAAUUAUUAAAUUGUAAAAUUCGCGGCGUAACUUAAGAUUGAAGCGAAAUAUUAAUGUAAUGGCGUGAACAUCACAUUCCAAAAUGACAUUAUACCAUAAUAUACAAAUAUUAAUAUAUAUAUAUAUAUUUUUGACUAUA